UAUUGUCGUCAUAUAGGAAAGAGGCAGAGGUUACCGUCCGGGAAAGAAAGUAGGAGAGUAGGGUGGAGGUGGGCAGGAAGGGUACGCACCGCAGAGUUCAACCCCCCCACUUUGGAUAUAACGACACGACACAGACACAGACACAGACGCACGGUGCGUGUGAGUGUCGGAGGGUCAGUUGAGUGAGUGUCUGUCUCGAUCUUGCCUCCCUCCUCCCCUCCCCUGGGGAUCUCAUCUUCGACCCAAUCGACUGAUUCGACUGCGAAAAUGCUGGUUAUACGGUUGGCGAUUCGAGGGAAUGCCGCCGCGAGGCCGUUGUUGUCCGCUUCGUUUCAGCUCAGCAGCUGCUCCUACACUUCCUCGGCGGCCGCGGCGCACGCGGAGAGGACCGUAAGGGAGGGGCCGCGGAACGAUUGGGCCCGGGACGAGAUUAAGUCUAUCUACGAUUCCCCUGUUCUCGAUCUCCUCUUCCAUGGCGCUCAAGUUCAUAGACAUGCUCAAAACUUUAGGGAAGUCCAGCAGUGUACACUCCUGUCUAUCAAGACAGGCGGGUGUAGUGAGGAUUGUUCAUAUUGUCCACAGUCUUCUCGGUACAACACUGGUUUAAAGGCGCAGAAGCUUAUGACCAAGGAUGAUGUUCUUCAGGCGGCCCAAAAGGCUAAAGAGGCAGGAAGCACAAGAUUCUGCAUGGGUGCUGCUUGGAGAGAUACCAUAGGAAGGAAGACCAACUUCAACCAAAUUCUUGAAUAUGUCAAAGAAAUAAGGGGAAUGGGAAUGGAAGUUUGCUGCACCUUGGGGAUGCUAGAGAAGCAGCAAGCUGUUGCACUCAAGGAGGCAGGUCUGACUGCAUAUAACCAUAACCUUGACACCUCGAGAGAAUAUUACCCAAAUAUAAUUACAACUCGAAGUUACGAUGAGCGCCUGAAGACCCUUGAGUUUGUCCGGGAUGCUGGGAUAAAUGUCUGUUCAGGAGGAAUAAUUGGGCUUGGAGAAGCAGAGGAGGACCGAGUUGGUUUACUACACACUCUGGCAACACUUCCAACCCACCCAGAAAGUGUUCCAAUUAAUGCACUCAUUGCAGUGAAAGGCACACCUCUGCAAGACCAGAAGCCGGUUGAGAUAUGGGAGAUGAUUCGGAUGAUAGCCACUGCGAGGAUAGUGAUGCCAAAGGCAAUGGUGAGAUUAUCAGCUGGUAGGGUCCGCUUCUCCAUGCCAGAGCAGGCCCUAUGCUUCCUUGCUGGGGCAAAUUCCAUCUUCACUGGCGAGAAGCUUCUCACGACCCCCAACAACGACUUCGACUCUGACCAGCUCAUGUUCAAGCUCCUUGGACUCAUCCCUAAGGCGCCCAGCUUCGAGGAAGGAGCCCUGAAAGAUUGCAUGGAAGAAAACUGCGAGGAAGCCGUUUCAGUCACUGGUUGAGAGGAUCAUUAAUAAUAUUUGGGUAUUAGUUUUAGGGGAUGUCCUUUAUAUGGAAUCAUUGUGAAAUUUCAUGCGGCAUUUAGUAUUGUUAUUAUGGUAGAAGCAGCAUAAACAAGUAGGAUGCUCUUCAUGGCUGCCUGAUUCAUAAGGGUGAAAAUUCUAGGCAGAAAAAAAAGUUCAGGGAAAGCAAACGUUUGCAGUUGAGGGAGCAGGAAGCUGAGCACGACUGAGCUUGGUUCAGGUCGCUCAAUCAAACAUUUUCUUUAGGCUUGAUGUCGAGUUCAUAUCAAUUAUCAAUUAUAAUAUAUAUAAAAGUCGGGAGAAGAAAGCAUGCCAUAACCAAA